UUCUCCUUAAACCUCCUGAAACCACCAUUCUUCUUACUCUAUAUAUACCUCUGUUCCUUAUCUCCCACUUCACAACCCAAUCUACCAAACUCCUCUGUUUUCCUCUGCCUCCAUAACCAUUUUCACUUGAAAAUCACGACAAGAAAUUCAAAUUUAAAAAAAAAAAGAUAAAUGGCAGCCAGAGAGCCUUUCAACGUGACAGCCAAGCCCCCGGUAGCCAUGACACAGCGCUCGCCGUGGCAUUCCCCGGUGCCAUACUUGUUCGGUGGUUUGGCGGCGAUGCUGGGUCUGAUUGCUUUCGCUCUUUUGAUCCUUGCAUGCUCAUACUGGAAGCUUUCAGGCUACCUCGAAGGUGGCGAAGGCGGCUCCGGUGACCGAGACCUCGAGGCCGGAGAAGGGAAAGGAGACGAAACACAGAAGCCACCGCCGGUUUACGAAGAGAAAAUGCUGGUGAUCAUGGCCGGUGAUGCAAAGCCAACGUUCCUAGCCACUCCCAUUUCCAGCAGGUCCUCAUCGUAUGGGGAUAAUAAUAACAAUACCGGCUGUGUAUGCAACCUAAAGGGCAGUGAAAAAUCGGUGGAAAUGGUUGAGACAGAGAAGAAAGGAAGCAGUACUAAUGGUGAUAAUCAAGAACCGAGUCAGAACUCAGAGACUCGUGAGGCUUCAGACCAGAGCCAUUAAUUAUCCUUUAUAUGUGACGUUUUUGGUCUCCGGAUGCGUUUAUGGUGAGAGAGAGAAACUCGUAUACAGGUUUUGCUCAGGGCCUUUAAUGGAGGGUUGUCUGUAUAUGAGCUUGCAUGUUAAAGUUCUCUGUUUUCCCUUUUUUUUUUUUUUUUUGGCCCUUUUCUUUUAGGAUUGAAAUGUUUUCCUCUUUUUUUUUUCCCGGCAGAUGUAAAUUAAUUUGAGGCUGAAUUAAAAUCGAGGAAAUUACUCAUUGCUUCACAAUCUAGCAAGUAAACCAUUCUUGUCUUUUUCUAAUUUUAUGGGGCAUUGCUUAUUGGCAACAAGUACAUGCUCUGGUAGAAAACUACCUGAAAAUUCAGAGCGGCCUUGUUUAUAAUUAUGAGGGUUCAUGCAAGUUGGACAUAUAAUAUAUACAAAUUACAAAACAAAGCCGAUUGUUAUAAAGACCAUAUAUAUAUAUAUAUAUACACAUACGGGGAGAAAGAGGGUGGGGUGUGUAUGAUGCGGCGGGGUGAAACUGCAGUAGAUGAUGGGACUUUGUAUUUUGCUGAAAAUGUUGGUAUUUGGUUUCCUAUGUUGGCAACUGUUCUGUGUUUAUGUCAUUCCCUGUAGCCUUCAUUCGCAAUGGUCUACCUUUUUGUACUUUUUUUCAUGUUUCAGUUUGAUCUCUCCCUCUGUUUUUGGUCCUAUGUGUAAGAAAUUUUAGUGCUGCAUACCCAUUAAGCCAUUUGGUACUCUUUAAUUUGGUCCA